AUGGCCAUGAGCGGCUCCACUCGCACAAGCGACUCUGCUCAGAGAACUCAUCUUCACAGCUCUGUCCUGUCGCAUCUCACAAAUCAGCUUGCGGUACUCAAGGCGUUACGGCAGAGAUCAAAAGAUCAGCACCGAAGUCAAAUCUUCUAUCGACGAAUCGCGGAGAUUAUCCGUUUGAGCAAGUUGGUCCAAGGUGUCGCCGAGCGUAUCAGAGAGGAUGGAGACUCAGCUUCAAGCAGGCGCGAUCGCAACCUUCUACGCAAGUUUGUAAUGACCUUGAUCAAGGCCGCGCAGAGCGUUCAACAGCAGAUCGAGCUGCGACAUUUUUUGCCCCUCCAGAUGGCUCUGCUGGGCAUCUACGCGAGAUUGUUCAUCUUGACUGCUCAUAUCGCUGCCGUCCUGGGGAUCAGUCAGAAUGAACUGAUAGGAGUGAUCGACGGCAAUGACGUGGCUGCUCGAGAGCUCUUGGCAUCCGCUGGUGAUUCCACCGAGGUCAUGGAUCUGGCAACGGAGGCGGACUUUGGUCAGAAGGUUUCAAGAACCAAUGCGGAAAUAGCAGUCAAAUCUAUCGACGACCAACGCGUGGAACCUGCAAAGACAGCACCGCCGCCAGAAAGGACCAUCUCUCCGUCCACCGAGAAUUCCGCCCUCACCAAACGGGCCGGCGAAACACCCAUGCCCAAGCAAAAGAAGAAGAAGAGAGCGAAACGAGACGCGAUGGAUGAAAUCUUUGGUUGA